AUGUCGGGAAAAGGAAAAGUCCACGGAGGCAAGGGCAAGUCUGCCGAGAGCAGCAAAGUGACCAGCUCCCACUCGGCAAGAGCCGGGUUGCAAUUCCCCGUGGGAAGAAUCAAGAGAUACUUGAAGAGAAACGCCCAGAACAAGAUCAGAAUCGGUUCCAAGUCUGCCAUCUACUUGACCGCCGUGUUGGAGUACUUGACUGCUGAGGUUUUGGAGUUGGCAGGUAACGCUGCCAAGGACUUGAAGGUCAAGAGAAUCACCCCUAGACACUUGCAGUUGGCCAUUAGAGGUGACGAGGAGUUGGAUAACUUGAUUAAGGCUACCAUUGCUUACGGUGGUGUGUUGCCCCACAUCAACAAGGCGUUGUUGUUGAAGGUGGAGAAGAAGAAGGGCAAAUAA